AUGGCAACUGGCUCUCUGGCGACCUCUGAUGUAGCCGGUGGACCCCCCGUCACCAUGGCUACUGGCUCUCUGGAGACCUCUGAUGUAGCCGGUGGACCCCCUGUCACCAUGGCUACUGGCUCUCUGGAGACCUCUGAUGUAGCCGGUGGACCCCCCGUCACCAUGGCAACUGGCUCCCUGGAGACCUCUGAUGUAGACGGUGGACCCCCCGUCACCAUGGCUACUGGCUCCCUAGAGACCUCUGAUGGGACCAGUGGCUCCCCCAUCUCCAUGGUAAAAAUACCCACCGUGACUACCUCAGCGUCCUCCAAAAACAGAAGCAGUACCCAACUUUCAGAUCAGGGGACAAAGAGCUCCCUGCUGGUGGCUGUGCUUAUAGCCCUGCUGGUGGUCAUUGUCCUCGUGGCCCUACUCCUGCUCUGGCGGCAGAGGCAAAAAAGGAGGACAGGGGCCCUGACACUAAGCAGGGGGGGCAAGCGCAACGGGGUGGUCGAUGCCUGGGCUGGGCCGGCCCAGGUGCCUGACGAGGAGGCCCUGACAGCAACUGCAGGGGGCUCUGGGGCCGAGAAGGGCUCUGGGGGGCUUGAGAGGGAAGGGGCUGGCCAGCAGCCCACACUCACCACCUUCUUGGAUAAAGGCAAGUCCCAACAGUGCUCCUUGGAGCUGGAGGAGCUGAAGGCCGGGUCAGCCCCCCUCCUAAAGGGGGAGGAGGAGCCGCUGGUGGGCAGUAAGGAUGAGGCUUCGGAGGGGCCAGAAGCUGGGGAGGUGGAGGCCCCUCAGUGCUUGUGA